AUGUCCAAGGCCCCGAGCUUUCGAGUCCAGCGGUCAGGUUCCAUUCCCGGGAAAGGAGGCGCGGAACUCCACGCUGGCGGUGAAGGCGCAGAAAUCGCAGCUAAGAGUCGUGAGGUCAUCGAUGGUCUCGAGAAACUUUACGCCACUAAACUUCGGCCCUUGGAAAAGCGCUAUGACUUUGGAGACUUCCACUCACCCCUUCUGAGCGAUUCCGACUUUGAAGCCAAGCCGCAGGUGCUCAUGAUCGGCCAGUAUUCUGUGGGCAAGACGUCAUUCAUCGAGUACCUUCUGGGCAAGCCUUUUCCGGGCCAACGUGUUGGGCCAGAACCCACUACGGAUCGCUUUGUCGCAGUGAUGCAUGGAGAGGAGGAACGGACAGUCCCAGGCAACGCUGCAUGUGUGUCACCAGAUCUUCCCUACGGUGGGUUGUCAAUGUUUGGUACAGCCUUCCUCAAUAAGUUUGAGGUAGCACAGCUUCCUGCCCCAUUGCUCAGCCAACUGACGAUCGUGGACACUCCGGGUAUCCUAAGUGGCGAGAAACAACGCAUUUCUCGCGGGUAUGAUUUCACGCAAGUGGCGCGUUGGUUCGCCGAGCGAUCCGAUCUCAUUUUACUGCUCUUCGACGCCCACAAACUCGACAUCUCGGACGAGUUCCAGCGCGUGAUCGAAGUGUUGCAGGGCCAAAGUGAUAAAGUGCGUUGCGUACUCAACAAGGCAGAUCAAGUGGACCAGCAGCGUUUGCUACGCGUCUACGGCGCACUCAUGUGGUCCCUAGGAAAGGUUUUAAAGACUCCAGAGGUCAUGCGUGUGUACCUUGGCUCAUUCUGGUCUCAACCACGUCAAAAGCACGGUGAAGACGGCUGCGGCGGCACUCCCGAGGCGCUCUUCGACGCCGAAGAGCGAGAUUUACUCGAUGAGCUGCGAGCCUUGCCGCAGCAUGCUGCUGUUCGUAAGGUAAAUGAAUUGGUGAAGCGCGCGCGACUUGCGAAGGUUCACGCGUGUAUUCUAGGACACCUGCGUGACAAGAUGCCGGCAGUUUUUGGGAUGGAGAAGAAGCAGCGUGAGCUGCUGGACAACAUGGCAGAAAACUUCCGAGAGGUGCAACGCAAGUAUCACCUCCCACCAGGAGACUUCCCUCCGAUCGACGCCUUUGUUCGACAGUGCGCUGAUAGGAAAUUCGCAAAGUUCCCGUCGCUAAAGUCACGAGAACUACAGGAUAUCGACGAAAUGCUCACCAAGGAUAUUCCUGCAUUGAUGGCCUCACUACCUAAGCACACGCGCGUGGGCAUCGCUGGUGUGGAGAAUCCUGAAAAUGGAAGUGGUUCGAGUAAAAAUCCAUUUGCCAGCAUAGCCCCUGCGGACAGACUGCAAUGGGAGGAGGAGCUGCUUGGGCGUAAGGCAGAGUAUGACGCGAUCUUUGCUACACUAUCGUUGGAUACCAUGGGACGAGCCUCUGGGGGGAGCUGCAUGGCGCCGCUGCAGAAGCAGGCUUCAACGACAGUCUCACAGCAGACACUGCGGACUAUCUGGGAUCUCGCCGACCAGUCAAAAGCUGGAAGUCUGGACGUCGAUGAGUUUGCCGUAGCCAUGCAUCUCUGUGCACUGGCCCAGGAGGGCCAACCUAUUCCUGCGGAGCUACCGACAUCGCUCGUGCCGCCUUCGAGUGGCAAGCAGCAGCCGCAAAUAGGAAGCCCCCUGCAGGCCAGCGCGAUCCGCCGACCGACGACUAUUUAG